AGUGUGCGUCACUCAGCUACCGACAGUAAUGGCGACCACCGUGAUGGAUAGAAUCGGGCGAGUGUUCAUCAGCCUGCAGCAGAUCAGGGAGGUUCCCCAGAUGCUGAACGAGGCCGCCCCCUCCAUGCCCGGCACCCUAAAAGACUCCGAGGUUCCCACUUACUUCAGAGAGCGCUACGUCAGCACCGGCUACCGACCGCUCAACCAAAACUGGCGCUACUACUUCCUGUCUUUAUUCCAGCGCCACAACGAGACCAUGAACGUCUGGACUCACCUGCUGGCGUUUUUAGUUCUUCUGAUUAAAUUCAGGCAACUCGCUGAGACUGUGGACUUUGUUAGUGAUCCUCAUUCGUGGCCCCUGUUGAUCCUCAUCGUGUCUUCCUUGAUCUACACAGGUUUCAGUACAGUAGCCCACCUGCUGGGGGGCAAGUCUGAGCUGUGUAAUUAUAGUUUCUUCUUCCUGGAUUAUGUCGGGGUCGCACAGUAUCAGUACGGCAGUGCUGUGGUUCACUUUUACUACGCUGUGGAAGAGGGCUUCCACAGACACGUUCAUGGGAUCUUCAUGCCUGUCGCGACCUUCCUCAGCUGUCUGUCAUGUCUGGGAUGCACCUAUGGGAAGUACUGCAACCACAGACGUCCCAUGUGGGUGCGUAAGGUGUGCCAGGUGGUGCCCUCAGCACUUAGCUAUAUGUGGGACACUAGCCCUGUGGCAUAUAGAUUCAUGUCAUGGCAUAAGAACAGCGAUGAUCCAGCGGUUUUCUAUCAUUUUGGCCAGGUGGCUUUCUUUCUUAGCUGCGGCUUCUUCUUCACCUGUCCUGUUUUUGAGCGAUGCUUCCCUGGGCGGUGCGAUUUUGUGGGACAGAGCCAUCAGAUAUUCCAUGUCUUUCUGUCUUGCUGCACCCUGUGUCAGAUCCAUGCCUCCUACCUUGACUACGUGGGCCGCAGGGAGCUGUACUCCCGUCUGCAUGGAAGCGAUGAGGCGGGUCUCUUUGUGGGACUCUAUGUGUUAGUUUUAAUUGGUUGCUCGCUUAUUGUUUUCUUAAUGCUAAGGAAAGUCAAAAAACUGCUAGGUUGCAAGUCCAAAUAAUAGAUAAGAGAUUGUAGGAAAGGCAUUCAUGUGCCUUUAUCGCCUCAGACUUACAGUACUGCCCAUUUUCCGAAACCCUAAUAGUCAGAGAAAUGUCCCCAUUGCCUCAAUUGAUAUUUCCUAUAACGUCGAAGGCCUUUACUUGCCUACUCUGCCUCUGAUUGGAUAGUACUUGUUGCCUUUAUUUGUUGUGUUGUUUAGGUUUAGACAUUCGAUUAGUGGUUCUAUGCCUUUGCCAUAGGGAUAACGGGCAGUUGCACAAAUGGACAUUCAGAUAAAUGGAUUUUGGGUCUAUAGGGACAUUUUCAGACAAUUGGAGUUUUGGAAUUAUAGAAAUUAGGGCCCUAGAAAUGUUGGGUGUUUGUUCUUGGGAUAACAAUCUAUCAGACAAACUGGCUUUGGGUCCAAUGGAAAAAAAAAUGUUAUCUGAAUAAUGGGCCAUCAGAGCAAUGGCGUUGCACAUUGACAGACAGGGAACUAACCAUACUGUAUACGCUUGUUUUAUGUAAAUACUUGUUUCAUUUUGCAUAUUUCAUAACUGUAAGGGCCAGAUUACAAAAAGGGGUGGCGAGUAUUUUGGGACUGAAUUGCAUUUGUAUAGAGUUUGUGAAAAUAUAAAAAAUGUUUAAGCAUCAGCUUAUAUAACUUUUUACAGCUUAUAGACAUUCAAAAGAUCAAGAAUAUAACCGAGAAACGAAUGUGUGCUUGUUGCAAGUUCAGACAAUAUAAACUAGUAACAUCACCAGAAAUCUACCAUUCAUACCGUAAACUACAAUGUUUCUCCAUACCGGCCCUGGUCAUUUGCACAUGUUAUGUAAUAUUUGGCAUAAAGGUGGUGCUGAGCGAGUGUUAUUUUGUGAAUGAUGCCGUUCUCAACCGCCAAAUGCCAUGAGAUAAUUGCACAGUGUCCAGGCUCUUCUGAGAGGAAAGCCUUAGGAUUUAAGUUGCCAUUUUCAUGGUGUUGUAAAUGUAGUUUGGACAAAUUUGAGGACUUAUGGUGACAUUUCAUUGCUAGUGUAUUACCUACUAUGAUAGACAAACGUUGGCAUGCCCCCAGUCAAAUCAAUAUUCAGCCUUGGACGGGGGCAGCAGUUAAAACCUAUUCAACCCGUGAAUCAAUAUCAGUUUGUGUAUGCCAAAUUUCAACAUGUUGUCAGUGCUUUACCUUUCACUCCCCUGUGUUCUUGUAGUUAAUAUGACUGUUUAACAUGGACUCUGGCGGCUUUGAAAUGAGCAUAGAUAACUUGUUUCAGUUCCCCGUCAUAAAGGGAUGUCUGACAGCAGUAAAAGUAUUACAAAAGAUAGUGUACACUUAAGCUAAUUAUUCUCUCAUACAACCCUAUUUCGAGAAAUCAAAACUAUCUAGUUAACAUGUUGUCCUUUUGCUAGCUCCUUUUUAGAUAUAGCAAUACACUGCCUUGAACUAUUUAAGAAAGAUAGAUAUUUUACGAGGGAUUUAAUAUAUUAGAGUCUUAUAUAUUUGAUGAAUGUUUUGUAUGAUCACUGUAUUGUGUCUUAUUGGGAAUCUUGAAUGCUUCCCUUUUAUUCCAUAAGGGAGAAGUGAAUGUUGGUAAACGAGGGUACGUAUUACAGAUUAAGGUACCAUAUUAUUUUAAAUCUAUGAAAGGUUACUCGUAGUGACCAAGAUGUGAAGAAAGUGAGAUUGAGUUAACCCUUAGAUGCACUUAGAGUGACUGGACCCCACUCUUCCAUAAGUGGGUCAAAAAGGA